CAGAGUGUGUGUGUGAGUGAGAGAGAGAGAUAAAAGUUCAGCUGUCAGAGGUGAUAGAAGAAAGUUUUUGAAAUUGAUCUCCGGAUUGAUUUCUCUGUUUUUAAUUGAAAUUAAAAGGAUUCAGACGAAGAAGCGGUAGAAGAUGGCGAACAGUCUGCAGCUGCUGAAGCAGUCGCGAUCCUUGCUGAGCGCUCAGGUGCGCAGUUUCCAUGCCAGCGGAGCACUGCAAGCUAAAACGAAGAAGUUCGCCAUCUACAGAUGGAAUCCGGACGAGCCGGGCAAGAAGCCCUGGAUGCAGGAGUACGAGGUCGACAUGAGCACCUGCGGCCCCAUGGUCCUCGACGCCCUCAUCAAGAUCAAGAACGAGAUGGAUCCCACCCUGACCUUUCGCAGGUCCUGCAGGGAGGGCAUCUGUGGCUCGUGUGCCAUGAACAUCGGUGGAAUCAACACUCUUGCAUGCAUCAGUAAAGUGGAUACGACCUCAGGAAAGGCGACGAAGAUCUACCCGUUGCCGCACAUGUACGUCGUCAAGGAUUUGGUGCCCGAUAUGAACCAUUUCUACAAUCAGUACAAAUCGAUCCAGCCGUGGCUGCAGAGGAAGAACGAAGUUAACAUGGGCGAACAGCAGUACCUGCAGAGCAUCAAGGACCGCGACAAGUUGGACGGUCUCUAUGAGUGCAUUCUGUGCGCCUGCUGCUCUACGUCGUGUCCCAGCUACUGGUGGAACGGAGACAAGUAUCUCGGUCCUGCCGUCCUCAUGCAGGCUUACCGUUGGAUCAUCGACUCUAGGGAUGAGGCAACGAGCGAGCGGUUGGAGAGGAUGACGGACGCCUACUCCGUGUACCGUUGCCACACGAUCAUGAACUGCACCAGGACUUGUCCGAAGGGUUUGAAUCCCGGUCGUGCCAUCGCCGAGGUGAAGAAGCUUCUCUCGGGUUUAGCGAAGAAGGAGGCGCCCGGUCUCAACGCCGCCUAAACCUGAAACAGACGCGAUUUCCUUUUUAAAAUUCCCUCUUUCUUUCCUUUAAAUGAUGAAUCAAGUGUGCACCACCAGCACCAUUACACCACCUCAGUUGUUUUUCUUUUUUGUAAAUGUUGACUUUAUUGUUUAUUAUUUGACCGUCACUAUUUA